UAUGUGGCUUGGGAAAUUAUCAGGUGGUCAAGAUAUACUACAGAAGAAGUGGAAGGAUGAUUUUGUCCUUUUUUGUGAUAUUCCCUGAAUAGCAAACAGGGAAAGCAGAUACCCUGGGAAUACUGGGAUUCUACAGUAUAUUGCAAUUUAGCAACAUUUAGAUAUGAUUAAUUAAGUGAACAUAGUAGUUUCUCCUUUUCAUACAUGUAUUGUAGAAUGCUUAACUAUUUCCUUGACAAUAAACUAAAACUGAAGGAAAGAUAAAUCACCUUAAUGAGAAGAGAAAAUUUAAGUAUUAUCUAGGAGUGCAGUAACUGGUUAGGACUCUGGGCGCCGCUGUUCACCAGUCUGGAAGAUGCAGGCAGCAUACACACACAAGCCCAGAGAAGAAAAAAAAAUAAUAACUUUUUAGAACCUCCAUCACUGCCAGUUUGAAAACAGUCUCCCUGAGGCUGCCCAGAUCCUGCUUCUGGACCACUUUCCGCUCUGAAUUCUCUUGAAAAUGGGUUUAAUUUAGGCUCAGAAGAGCAGAGAAACGGUACCCUUUGUACCAGAGCUAGGAGAAAACUACGAAGCAAGAGAGCAAUGGCGAUUCCCGUGAAGCUGCUCGGCGGCAGCAGGCUGGUCCUGCUGUCCUUUAUUCUGGGGCUGUUGUUGGAAGCCCGGGCCGGGAAGAUCCGCUACUCGGUGCCAGAAGAGACAGAUGAAGUUUUCUUCGUGGGCAACAUCGCCAAAGACCUGGGGCUACAACCCCAGGAGCUGGAUGAGCGGAGAGUCCGCAUCGUCUCCAGAGGUAGGACGCAGCUCUUUGCUCUGAAUGCGCGAAGCGGCAGCUUGGUCACUGUGGGCAGGAUAGACCGGGAGGAGCUCUGCGCUCAGAGCGCGCGGUGUCUGGUGAGUUUUAACAUCUUGGUAGAGGAUAAAAUGAAGCUUUUCCCUGUUGAAGUGGAAAUAAUUGAUAUUAAUGACAACACUCCCCAAUUCCAGUUGGAGGAAGUAGAAUUUAAAAUGAACGAAAUAACCACUCCAGGCACCAGGAUCCCUCUGCCUUUUGGGCAAGACCUUGAUGUGGGUAUGAAUUCACUCCAGAGCUACCAGCUCAGCUCCAAUCCUCAUUUCUUUCUGGAUGUGCAACAGGGAGCUAAUGGGUCCCAACACCCAGAGAUGGUGCUACAGAGACCCCUGGAUAGGGAAGAAGAAGCUGUCCACCACCUCCUCCCGACUGCCUCUGAUGGGGGCAACCCAGUUCGUUCAGGAACUCUCCGAAUUUGCAUUCAGGUGGUGGAUGCAAAUGACAACCCUCCGGUGUUUACUCAAGAACAGUACCACGUGAGUGUCCCAGAGAAUGUGCCGCUGGGCACUCGGCUGCUCAUAGUAAAAGCCACCGACCCAGAUGAAGGAGUCAAUGGGGAAGUAACGUACUACUUUCAUAAUAUAGACCACAAAGUGGCCCAGAUAUUUCAGUUGGAUUCUUACACAGGAGAAAUAUCAAAUAAAGAACCCCUGGAUUUUGAAGAAUACAAAAUGUAUCCAAUGGAAAUUCAGGCUCAGGAUGGUGCAGGCCUCAUGGCCAGAGCUAAGGUGGUGGUCAAAGUUCUGGAUAUAGAUGAUAAUGCCCCAGAGCUGACCAUCACCUCUGUCACUACUGCAGUCCCAGAAAACUUUCCUCCUGGGGCCAUAAUUGCUGUUAUCAGUGUGCAAGACCAGGACUCUGGAGACAACAGUCACACUAUAUGUUACAUUCCUGAAAAUCUACCCUUUAAAUUAGAAAAGUUAGUUGAUAAUUAUUACCGUUUAGUGACAGAAAGACCACUGGACAGAGAACUUACCUCCAGGUACAACAUCACAGUAACAGCAACAGAUCAGGGAACUCCAACUCUAUCUACUGAAACGCACAUUUCAUUGCAAGUGACAGAUAACAACGACAACCCCCCAGCCUUCCCCCAGGAUUCCUACUCCGCCUUCAUUCCGGAAAACAACCCCAGAGGAGCCUCUGUCUUCUCCGUGACAGCCCACGAUGCCGACAGCAAUGAGAAUGCACAAGUCACUUACUCCCUGGCCGAGGACACCAUCCAGGAGGCGCCUUUAUCCUCCUACAUCUCCAUCAACUCAGACACAGGUGUCCUGUAUGCGCUGCGAUCCUUCGACUACGAGCAGUUCCGGGAACUGCAGCUGAGGGUGAUGGCGUGUGACAGUGGGGACCCACCACUUAGCAGCAAUGUAUCAUUGAGUGUAUUUGUGCUGGACCAGAAUGACAACGCACCCGAGAUCCUGUACCCCAUCCUCCCUACCGAUGGCUCCACAGGUGUGGAACUGGCACCCCGCUCUGCAGAGCCUGGCUACCUGGUGACCAAGGUGGUGGCAGUGGACAGAGACUCGGGCCAGAACGCCUAGCUGUCCUACUGCCUGCUCAAGGCCAGCGAGCCAGGGCUCUUCACGGUGGGGCUGCACACGGGCAAGGUGUGCACAGCGCAGGCCCUGCUGGACAGAGACACGCUCAAACAGAGCCUGGUGGUGGCCGUCCAGGACCAUGGCCAGCCCCCUCUCUCAACCACCAUCAUGCUCACAGUGGCUGUGGCUGACAGCAUCCCAGAUGUCCUGGCGGACCUGGGCAGCCUCGAACCCUCUGCCAACCCUAACGACUCCAGCCUCACUCUCUACUUACUGGUCGCUGUGACCGCGGUCUCCUGCAUUUUCCUCGCCUUUGUGAUCCUGCUGCUGGCGCUCAGACUGCGGCGCUGGCACAUGUCGUGCCUGCACCAGGCUUCAGGAGGUGUAUUGGCUGGCAUGCCUGCCUCACACUUUGUGGGCAUGGAUGGGGUGCAGGCUUUCCUACAGACCUAUUCCCACGAGGUCUCCCUCACCGCAGACUCGAGAAAGAGUCACCUGAUCUUCCCCCAGCCCAACUAUGCAGACACGCUCAUCAGCUGGGAGAGCUGUGAGAAAAAGGAUUUUCUAUCAGCACCUCAGUCUUUACUUGAAGACAAAAAAAAAACAUUUUCUCAGGUAAACUUUUUGUAGUAAAUCUAUCUGGAUAAAAGUAAUUCCUGAGUUUACUUACUUAAUUUCCCUCUUUACUACUAACAGUUCUUAUAUUUACCAUAUAUCUAUGUAGAUUUCUAUUUACAAAUCCUGGGAAAUCAUUUUUAAGUGUUUAUAUCCAGCUAUACUUAUAAUGGUUCUUUCAUUGAAAAGGAGACUAUAAUUAAUCAUAAUGUAGGUGGCUGGGAUGAAGAAUGUGUGUGAGGUGCCAUCUCGGUUGUGGAAAGAGCACUGCAUCAGAAACAAGGAGGUCUGGCUUCUAACAUUUUCUUGCCUGCCUCUGGCUGAAUAAUUUUAUUUUGCUGGGUUUACCAUUUCUUAUCUGGCAAGGACAGGGUUUGACUAGAAAAGGUCCACCAAUAUUUAUGUGACUAAUACUGUUUUAAAAUUUCCUUAAGUUAUAAAUACCUCCUAAUUUAUCCCUAAAUUUAAUGUAGAUGCCAUCUGUCAGGGUGCUAUUGGGGGAUAUUUGAAAAGGUAAAGAUUGUCUAAGGUAGUAUUUUUAGUUGUGAUAAUAUAAAAAUAUGGAAAUCUUUGUAAGCUGCAAAUUUCAAUUAUUGUUAAAUAUCUUAGCCCUUUAUUUUGAGAUAUUUUAUGUGUGCUGAAGAACAUCAAAUGUUUAAGUAACAUAUGAAAUGAAGUAAUAAAAUGAAUGACAGAAAAUUUACUAUGCAACUUGAGAAAUAGUUUUGAAGCCUCUUGACUUCUAUAUUAUGUCUGUAAUGGAAAUGACUAACAAAA